UUAAGUAGUUGGCUAAGUUGUCUUCUUAAGGGUCUUGGCUUGGCGAUCAAAGAGACCAUAUCAGGCAAUCAGCAACUCACAAAUCUACUCACUUAUUUUUGGUUGGUUUCAGUGGCUGCUUGCGUUUCAGUGCAAUUGGUUUAUCUGAAUAAAGCUCUUGAUAUGUUCAACACAUCGAUGGUGACUCCAAUCUACUAUGUAUUCUUCACAACCUUUGUAAUUCUAGCGUCCUCUAUUUUGUAUAAGGAAUGGUCUUGUCUUGGUGCUUCAGAUAUCCUAGGUAACGUGAUUGGUUUCUUAACGACCAUCAUCGGGAUAUUCCAGAUGCAGUUGUUCCGUGACGUAAACAUCAGUUUACGUCAAGUUCGGGUACUUCUUCACCGACCAUCUGCAUCUCUUGCCAGCCUUGAUCUCUCGUCAAAUUCCGCCACAAACCUCGUCGAUGAAUUCACCAUUUCGCCACCGAAUGGCGCCGCUAGGCACGCUGCUUACACGUGA